UCCCAAAGACCCGCGCCGUUUCUCUUCCCAGAGAGCAAAUUCCAAGUGUUACAAUGCUGGGGGAGUGUCAGGCCACGUACGCGUCGCAGCCAGGGUUGGGCACCAGGUCCGCCUCCCCGAGAGUCCCCAUGGAGAGUAAGGAUGAGGUCAGCGACAGUGACAGCGGCAUCAUCCUGCAGUCUGGCCCAGACAGCCCCGUGUCCCCGAUGAAGGAGCUGACCCAGGCUGUACGCAAGCAGCAGAGGGCCCUGGAGGAGCGGCUGGAGGCCUGCCUGGAGGAGCUGAGGAGACUCUGCCUGAGGGAGGCGGAGCUGACAGGCACCUUGCCUGCAGAGUACCCCUUCAAACCCGGGGAAAAGGCCCCCAAGGUUCGUCGCCGCAUCGGAGCUGCAUACAAGCUGGAUGAGCAGGCACUGCACAGAGAGGACCCCCUGAGCGGCCUGGAGCGCGAGCUGGCGCUGCAGCAGCAGAUCGCCGAGGCGGCGCGCAGGCUGUGCGGGGAGCAGAGCGUGGGCCGCCAGGCGCGGCGGCAGCGCAAGCAGGUGGCCCUGCAGGAGGAGCGCAAACUGCAGGAGCUGCAGCGGCGAGUCGGGGAGCGGAGACGCAACAGCGCGCCCCCGCCGGCGCCCGCCUUCGCGCUUGGCCCAGAGCUCAGUACGUCUGACGACAGCUCGCUGUCUGACGGGCUCCUCCUGGAGGAAGAAGAGCCGCGUCUGCCAAAACCUUCCCCAGAGUCGCCAGCUCCGCCUUCUCGGCCUGUCCCUCCCCAGAACCUCGAAGGGCUGCAGCCGGCGGGGCCUGAGCCGGGCGCCCUGGAGCGGGCCCCGAUUCAGAGCAGCCCCUGGAAGGAGACCAGCCUGGACCACCCCUACGAGAAGCCCAAGAAGUCCUCAGAGCCCAGCAGCGAGUCCAGCAGCCCAGUCACUACCCCCCAGGACGGGCCCAGCGCCACUGACCUGUGGCUGCUUGAACCCACCGUCUACCAUGUGAUCCCUGUCCGCAAUGGCCCUGGCCAGCGGCCCAGUCGCACCAGUGCCCCGGCCACCCCCGAAAUGCUGGACAGGAGGAGCCAACCACAGUCAUUGAGGCUGGAGUCUUUCCUCCGGGCGGGCGCCGAGGGCCGGGGGCGCAGCGCCUUCCCACGCCGGCGGCCCACGCAUUAUACCGUCACGGUGCCCGAGUCCUGCUUCCCGCAGACCAAGCCCCCCCCGCCCCCCACCUGCCACACCUGCUCCGAGGACAGCGGCUCGGACGUGUCCAGUGCCUCCCACCCCACCUCCCCGGGCAGCAGCAGCCCCGACAUCUCCAUCCUGCAGCCCCUGUCCCCAUCUGAGCACCCACGCCAGCCUGGGGCCUGGGGCCCCACUGGGGGCCACUCCCCGAAACUGCUGUUGCCCCCUGGAUACCUCCCAGCCGGGCGCUAUGUGAUGGUGGCCGCCCCCGAGGGCCACCUGCUGCCGCCCGGCGAGUGGGAGCUGGGCCGCGCCGCCCAGGCCUGGGCCUACGAGGAGGCCACGGCGGCUGCGGGCCUGCGUUUGCGGCGCCUGGUGCCGGCCCCCGGCCGCCUGGGGCGCACGCCCUCCCUGAAGGACACCCCCACGGCCCGGCUCAGCAAGGCCGCUGUCUCCAGGGAGCUCGAGUCCUGGCAUGAGCGGGCGCGGCUCCGGAGCGCCCGGCCACACUCGCUGGACCGCCAAGGGGCCUUCCGCGUGCGGAGCCUGCCGCCCGGGCGAGCCCUGGGACCCCGCGCACAGGUGCCGGCCGUGUGUGUGCUGCGGCGAUCGCCUGACGGCGCCCCGGUGCAGGUCUUCGUGCCUGAGAACGGAGAGAUCAUCAGCCAGGUGUGACCGUGGCCAGGCCCCACCUACCU